GCUGACGUUUUACCGACUAGAAAUCUAAAAUACAAUAAAAAGUGAAGCUUGAUGUUUAUAUUCAAAAUGUUUUCAUGACAAAAGUGGAAUGGAAAAAAUCCUUAAUUUAUAUAUAAUAAUAUAUUGUAUACUAAUUUGAAACUUUCAAAACAUUUAUCAGAAUGACAAUGGAUAAUUACAAAUAUUUACUUGACAGUGUUCGUCAGGAUAUUGUAAACGAGAAUUUAUCAAUCAAAGCCCUUAUUCAGGAUAUUCAUCAAUGUCCAGGCCCUAUGGAGGAACUGAAUGAACUCAACAGUGACGGGAGAGCAAAGUUGGCUACUUUGAGGAAUCACAUAGAAACUUUAGAAACACUUGCUAAGGAAUGCAUUAACUUUGAUGAACGAAAAGAUUUGCUUGAAGAAGUGAAAAAUAACAGAGAACAAUUGACCAGCACACUAGGAGCAUUCAGAAAAGCCAAUGUUGCUUGUAUGUUGGCUAUUGAGAAGGCUAAUAAGAAACAGCUGUUUAGUGAAGCAGACGAGGAAUCCGUUUUAAGGCACAGGUUAAAAAAGGACAAAGCCAGCCUAGUGAAGAUGUCAUCCAAUGUGACAGAGCAGCUAUUGGCCAUCAGUAGGCAGUUGGCUGACACAACUCAACAGAGCUCUAAUACUCUGGAUACUCUAGUGAACUCCUCAGGUAAUGUGACCAGCACUCAGCAGGAGCUCCGAGAUACUGGCAGUGUGAUCGCUCAGUCUGGCCAACUGUUGGCCAAGUACGGCAGAAGAGAGUUCACGGACAAAGUUGUGUUACUGUUUGCAUUUGCUUUUUUCCUCGCUUGCGUCUUGUACAUAGUAUACAAACGUUUAUUUUGAUGUACAUUCCCUUAGGUUGUAAUUAGGGUAAUUGUUAAUUUAUACAGUUUUUUUAAGGUUUGUUAUUAAAAACAAAAUGUUUUAGAA